GCCGUGCUGUGCAGCUAGAGCUAUUGCAGUGGCUCAACAGAAAGAAAGAAAAGCAUUGCAGUGGCUGACCUACUUGAGGAAGCAGGGUUAAACCACAUUGAAAUCGCAUUAUUGUCGGUUAUAAUAAGCUGCAAACACCUUCCACGUCACCUGCAAUAAUUGUGACACUGCAAUACCUCGACGAAGCGGAGUUGCACCGAAGGCUCUUGUAAUUUUGCAGUGACUCGACCAUUUUAAUUUUGAGUUGCUUUGCUGUGGUUGGCUACUUGUGUUGCCUUAUCCAAAUUUGGCGUUAUUAUUUUAUUUUUCGUUUACUCUUGAAAACCGAGGUGCAUAUAAUUUAAUGUGUAUGAUAUUUUCACAAACACAUUUGUUAUCCAAACAUGCAAUUUUUUUAUUUGUUUUAUGUUUGACGCUUUUUCAUAAGGUGGGUUGUCAGGCUUCGGCCUAAGUUUUGUCAACAACGACUUAGAUAGCAACUGUGCGAUAGUUAAAAAAAAAUACAUAAUUUCACCUGACAUUUAAAAGGAAGAACAAGAGAGAAAACAUGGCCUGCACCUGUUCGUCGGCGGCGAGGCUGAUUAUAAAUUCAGCUCAUAAAGGCAUUGCUUGCUCACGCUUUCACCUGUAUACCCUGGGAAGACCGGGGAUUUCUAUAGUUCAUUUGAGGAGGAGAGUUCCCGUUAGGUCAUUUUCAGAGACUGCAGUGUAUUUUGCUUCAAAAGAUGGAACAACCAAAGAUGGAUCUGGGGAUGGUAGCAAGAAAUCUGUUGAAGGGGGCAGCAGCAAAAAAUCCACAGGCUCUGGAGGGAAGGGCGGAAACCAACUGCGUUGCCCAAAAUGUGGGGACCCGUGCUCCCAUGUCGAGACAUUUGUUUCUUCAACCCGCUUUGUAAAGUGUGAAAAAUGUCAUCACUUUUUUGUCGUGCUGUCGGAAACGGACUCAAAGAAGAGUCUUAAUAAAGAGCCAGAAUCAGCAGCUGAAGCUGUUAAAAUGGCAUUCCAGCAGAAACCACCACCUCCACCCAAAAAGAUCUAUGCCUACCUGGAUAAGUACGUGAUUGGCCAAUCCUAUGCCAAGAAAGUGCUUUCAGUGGCUGUGUACAAUCAUUACAAGCGUAUUUAUAACAAUAUCCCAGCAAGUAUAAGACAGCAGGCAGAAGUGGAGAAACAAGCCUCUCUGACACCUAGAGAAUUAGAAAUCAGAAGACGUGAGGAUGAAUACAGAUUUACAAAGCUGCUUCAGAUUGCUGGGAUCAGUCCACAUGGUAACGCGCUUGGAGCAUCAAUGCAGCAACAGAUUAACCAGCAGAUGCCUCAAGAGAAACGAGGAGGCGAAGUGCUGGAUUCAACCAAUGAUGAAAUUAAACUGGAGAAAAGCAACAUAUUGCUUCUUGGCCCAACAGGAUCGGGUAAAACUCUGCUGGCUCAAACCCUUGCCAGAUGUCUUGACGUUCCCUUUGCUAUCUGUGACUGCACCACCUUGACCCAGGCAGGAUAUGUUGGUGAAGAUAUUGAGUCUGUCAUUGCAAAACUUCUUCAGGAUGCUAACUACGGGGUUGAAAAAGCACAGCAAGGAAUUGUCUUCUUGGAUGAAGUAGAUAAGAUUGGCAGUGUGCCUGGCAUUCACCAGUUACGAGAUGUGGGUGGGGAAGGGGUUCAGCAAGGUUUAUUAAAGCUUUUGGAAGGUACAAUUGUGAAUGUUCCAGAAAAGAACUCUAGAAAAUUAAGAGGAGAAACCGUUCAAGUUGACACUACCAACAUUCUGUUUGUGGCUUCUGGGGCGUUUAAUGGACUUGAUAGGAUAAUAAGCAGACGGAAAAAUGAAAAGUAUCUGGGAUUUGGUACUCCGUCAAACCUAGGAGUAGGCAGGAGGGCUGCAGCGGCUGCUGACUUAGCAAACACAAGUGGAGAAGGGGACACUGUGCAGGAAAUCGAAGAAAAAGAUCACUUGCUCCGCAAUGUCGAGGCCAGGGACCUUAUUGAAUUUGGAAUGAUUCCAGAGUUUGUGGGACGUCUUCCAGUGGUGGUUCCUUUGCACAGCCUGGAUGAGGAAACUCUGGUUCGGAUUCUUACUGAACCUCGCAAUGCUGUAGUUCCCCAGUACCAGGCAUUGUUAGGCAUGGACAAGUGUGAUCUCAAUAUUACUGAAGGUGCCUUGAAAGCCAUUGCCAGAAUGGCCUUGGAGAGGAAAACUGGUGCUCGUGGCCUAAGAUCAAUCAUGGAGAAACUGCUGCUGGAACCCAUGUUUGAAGUGCCAAAUUCUGACAUCAUGGCCGUAGAACUAACCAAAGAAGUAGUGGAGGGAAAAUCUCUUCCCAUAUACAUUAGGGCCCCUGCUAAAGAAUCAGCGGAAGAGGAGUAUGAUUCAGGAGUUGAAGAUGACAGCUGGCCACGUCAGGCAGAUAGAGCCAACAACUAAAACCUAGAAUAUAUUUCAAGAACUUCCUACAAGACUUUUUUAAACGGAAGCAAUGGAUUUUCUAGAAGACGUUAAGGCAUUGAUCGAAAGUUAAAAUACAUGAUCAGAAAGCAAAGUGCUGGAAUAGAAAUGUAAAGCAGAUCACUUUCGUUUUGUUGUUUUGUAUAAUACUGAUUUCUACACUGGACAUUAUGCAUCAAUUCAAGUGUAAAACAGUAUGGAUCUCACCAAGUACAGGUACAGUGUUAGUUGUUGCAUUAAAAUCUUGCAAUGAUUUUGUUAAGCAUAGAGUUGCAUUAACAAGUACAGACAGUUUGUAAUGUCUUUACCUGUGAAAUGACUGAGACAUUUGGCUUUUGUAGUCUGAGGAUAUCAAUACAGACCCUGUAUUAUUCUUGACACACAUUUAAAUAGCUAGUUUUUAUCUUGAUUUCGUAAGUAUAUUGGUUGAUAUGGUAUGGGAAUCAAAUGAGUUCAGGGGAUCACGUAAAUUAAAAACUGUUCAAAAUGGGGGUGGUAUUUAAAUCAUUUGUUUCCAAGUUUAUUAACAUUUAGGCUAGCAUUUGGUGUACAUUUUUCAUAGAAAUAAUGUAAUGCCGUAAACAAAUUUAAUAAACGACUAUUUUUUUAUAAACAUUUUUAGCAUGUUAAAGGGUAGUUCUUUUUUAAGGCUGGUAAUCGUUAGAAACGGUGCAUCUUGAUUUACAUUUUUAAUGACUACCCUUUCAAGGUACAUUAAUAUGCUGUUGCUUUUCAACAUGUUGAAAUGGUUUAGAAUCUUUAUAAAUUUAAUCUUGUCACAAAUACAAUGUGAAGUAGUUGUUUUUUAAUAGUUUGAUUAUUUUACCACCUGCUAAAAAGGGAUUGCCUUCAUCAAACAGUUAAGUGAUUUCUAUCUUUGCAUGUAUACAAGUAUAACUGCAAAAAUAUAUAUACAAUAAAAUCCAUCUACAGAGGGAUGAAAGAUCCAAAUCUGUUUUAGAUUAUUGUUGUACAUGAGGACUGUAUGUGAUUCAGCUUUCCUGCCAGUGUGGUGCUUUUACACAAUGCUGUAGGAUCUCUAAGCUUUAUCUGAGUGGAUUUUCUCCAUAUGAAAGCCAUAAUGUCAUAGUCUACCAAUAAUAAUUGUACUUCUGUUCAUUGGCCCUAUAUUUUGUUAAAAUAAUGAUGUAGGAGGGUUUUUGUUUGUUUUCUUUUGGGGAGAUUGGAUACAUGAGUGGUGAUUUCAUGGCCUUUUUUUUUUUCUUAAUUUCAGUUUAAACCUUGCCCAUUUUAUUAUUUUUAUGCAUUUGAUUAGGUCAAAAAGUACAGUUUUAUGCCUACUUAAAACAUUUGUGAAACAAAGGGGUCUGUCGGUGUGCUUGUUCAAAUAUAUAAAUAAAAUGUAUAUAUCUGUAUAAA